AUGCGCUACACCCAGCUUAUUGGCAGUGCUGCGGCACUUGCUGGUUAUGCUUUUGCUCAAGAAGGUGAGGCACAGUCUACUGUUGUCUACGAUGCAGAAACGAAGAUCAGUUACUCGUCGUACACGGAGCCUGAAACAGGGAUGACGUUUGGUGUUGCUCUUCCGAAGAACGUUACAGACCCGUACGAUGCCAUCGUCAGGAUCACGGCUCCAAUUGCCAAUCAAUGGGUCGGCUUCUCGUGGGGUGGCAAUAUGGUCUGGAAUCCAUUGAGCGUUGCUUGGCCUAACGGUCAAUCCGGGACGAUAUCUGCUCGCUUCGCUUUUGGUAUUGCUUUACCGCUUGGAUACGAUGGCGCCGAGCACAGCUACCUCAAAGGCACAAAGACAAACGCUACACAUUGGACUGUCAAUGCACUGUGCAAAGGCUGCACUGGAUGGCAAAACAACGAAGAUGAAAGAUACGCAUUGAAUGGCACCGGUACAACACAAUUUGCCUGGGCCUACGGCGUCUCUUCGGUUGAGGACCCUGCCAGAAAUGAUUCUGCAUUCAACGUCCACGCGGCCUGGGGAAAAUGGAUCCACAAUCUGGACGCUGCACGCAUCGAGAAUUUUGAUUCCUUGGUCAAUGCUAACCUGCUGACGGCACCCAUAGCAAGUCCUUCCGCUGACCCGACCACCGUCGUAACAAGCGUCGUACCGUCUGCAACGUCAAAGCCAGCCGCGCCUGCUGCCAUUCCAGCCUCGUGCUCCGGUGCCGGUAAUCCCACAUUCCAGGGAAGUCUUGCUUCCGGAUGGAAGGCCACAAAAGUCGCCGGAGGCUUGACUGCCCCUCGUAGCAUCCAAUUCGACGGGGCAGGCAACAUGCUGGUAGUCCAGUCUGGCAAAGGUAUCUCGUACCAUAAGAUGGGUACGGAUGGAUGUGUUACCUCUACCAAGAUGCUGGUCUCGCAGAACAACCUGAACCACGGCAUUGCGAUGAGUCCUGACGGAAAGACGCUCUACGCCAGUUCCAUGACUCAGGCUUACUCCUGGCCGUAUGAUGCUGCUGCUGGGACACUGGGAACUCGAACAACGAUCAUUACUGGCAUGUAUAACGGCGGCUCUCAUUUGACCCGCACUCUUGCCCUCGCACCGCAGAACCCAAAUCUGCUGGUUGUCUCCCAUGGCUCCAAUGCCAACAUUGACGCUGCUACGUCGGAUCCCAAGACUGCGCGUGCCAUCAUCAAGGUCUUCGAUCUGUCAAAGAUUCCAAGCGGAGGCUACAACUACGUCUCUGGCGGAUACAACGCUGGUUACGGGCAGCGUAACGACGUAGGAAUCUGCUUCGACAAGAACAACAUGCUGUGGGGCGUAGAGAACAGCGGUGACGACUUCAAGCGCAACGGAAAAGACAUCCACUUCAACAACCCCGGCGAGAAGAUCCAUUACAUGGGCGACGUGACCAAGCCCAACAACAACUGGUACGGCUACCCGUCCUGUUUCACCGUCUGGCAGCCCAGCGACUUCACCGACAAGGCCUUCAAAGUAGGCGAUUGGUUUGUCCAACAGCCCAGCACCAACAUGAACGACGAUACCUGUGUCCAGACAGCCACAGCUCCCAAGCUUACGCUGUUUCCUCACUCCGCACCCAUCGACUGCAAAUUUGACGCCGACAGCACAACCAUGUAUGUGACCUACCACGGUAGCUGGAACCGCACACCCGUCACCGGCUUCAAGCUCGUCGCUGUGAAGUUCAAGAUUGGUGCGGACGGCAACUACACUCCGGUUGAGCCUCUUACUAGUACCACAGCGGCCCAGGACAUCUUUUACAACCCGGCUGUAGAGAAGUGCCAGGGUAAUGGACCGAGUUUCAGCUCUGGGUGCUUUAGGCCUGCGGGCUUGGCGUGGGAUUCGCAGGGGAGAUUGUUCAUGACGAGUGAUACAUCGAGCAAUGGGGAGAUUUGGGUGCUGGGUAAGUCGUAG